UCGAUCGCUGUGCUUAACUGAAUCAAUUUCAACGCCAUCGCUGAGCUCUGUAACUUAGCACAAGUUUUGGGGGAUGUAAUAAGCGGAAGUUGAUUCCUGAAACUUCACAUGUGUUUGUUUAGAGACUGUGCUUCAGUGUUCCUGGAGGACGCACGGUGGCUGCUAAGGCAGAAAGAAAUCUCUCAUCUUUAGAGUUUAAAGGUGUGUAAGUUUUCUGUCGUACCAUCCAAGCUACACAGAUCCACGUUGUCGACAUGAUAACAGAAGCUUGCACCGGUACAGCAAACGAGAGGAAUUAUGAUGUAUUGAGCUUGUCUUGGCAAACGGGCUAACUUGGGCUGCUAUCGUGGGGGCCGACUAACUUCUAGCAGUGUUCAAGAAACAAUGACUUUGCUGCCAGAGACGCACAACCCGCUUGGUUACUGAUCUCUAGUGCUGCUUGUUUGAUACAGAUUGGAGAUCACUCAACAAUGACUGAUGAGAAUGAAUUCACAGUUUGAUGGGAACCGUGCAGCUGCAGAUUUUGGAUGGAGCAAAAGGGCUUGCACGACAAACAAAAAGCAUUGGAUUGACGUUUUUGACGAAUGUAGACAAGCGGGCCACGAUUUUAGCGAUGGUUCAGUUGCUCAAAGAAAAUGGUAUCAGACCUUCAAGAACUAUAAUAUGGGUAGAGAUGGAGGCGAAGUAAUGCCACUGUCUCUUCGUGAUGAAUCCAGCUUCUGCAUUCAGUGGCCUCAUCAAAGAGAACUAGACGUUGCUGAAACGAAUCCCCAUUCGGAGCCUCCAACUGUUCUUCAAAGUGUUCCUCAGUCUUCCUUGCAAAGGUGGUGAUUAGACGUGUUAAUAAGCUUUUUCUUCUUGCUUUGUAGAGGGGACUUAGGUCUCCUACAUCAUGAAUCAGGAGUAUUGAUCAUCGCUUACCAGCAGCAAAAACUUUGGCUCGUCACUGAGGAGCGCCGUUGAGGCUUUCUAUUAAUUCCAGCCUUUGAUGAAUUUGUUUGUUCGAGAUCACAGUAGGUAAUGGCUCAGCUACUUUCGCAAGUAGAUAGGUCUUACAUAUUUUACAGUUUCUGUAAAAUAAGCUCUUUUUAUUUGAAAAAUAAUAUAUAUGUGAUAGUAAAGGUUAGUAUAGGAUGUCCCUGCUAUAAGUGUUGGAAACGAUGUUGGUGCUUGUUUUGUCUCUACUGACCUCUCUUUUCAGGGCUGUCGUCAAUUUGAUCCUCUAGACAUUAUAGUUCAAGGCCCCUAUCAACUUGUUCUAGUCUCCUACCUCACAAUUUGAAGACUUGCUAUUCUCAACCAUCGUGACAGAUCUCUUCCGAUCUACUUUGAUGUCGUCUCAGAUUUCUUCUAGUGUGCGAGGGAGCAAUGCUCACAUAGGUUUAACUAUACCUCAACUAGGCCCUCAUACCAUGACGAAAAACAGAGUUUGGUACACUAGGGUGAGCAAAGUUCAACUACUAUCAUACGAGUAUAAUACCUUGUAUAGUAUAUUAUACAAGUUAUAGUCUUAAUCCUAAACUAACCAUCCUGAAUGACUUGCCUAAUAGGUGAAAUGAUGAAGGAUAAGUACAGUAGGCAAAGUAAUAUUGAGCAUUAAGGUGAAGUCACCUCUAAUUAGGUGCUUGAGAGUUUUAUCAACAGACUUAACAACUCUCGUUUAUUAUUGGUUUUUUUUCAAUUCAAACAUCACAUUGACUUUUCUUGAGGCA